CGGCAUUGUGUUGUGAUAUUUUGGUGUGUGAAGAGGAAGCAGCUGCAGGGCAAGAUGUCUGGGUACAGGAGCCAGAUCAGUAAAAGCAAAGACCCUUCCGGGCUGCUGAUCUCUGUGAUCAGGACACUUUCUACCAGUGAUGAUGUUGAAGACCGAGAAACUGAAAAAGGUCGACUGGAAGACGCUUACGGGAAAUGUGAUCAUGAUCUCAAUGAAAAGAUUGAGCUGCAUUUCGAGGAACUCACCACCGCCAUCCGCACAUACCAGAGCAUUACUGAGCGCAUUACUAAUUCACGCAACAAAAUUAAGCAGGUGAAAGAGAACCUCCUAUCCUGCAAGAUGCUGCUUCACUGCAAGCGCGAUGAGCUGAGGAAACUAUGGAUCGAGGGGAUCGAGCACAAACAUGUCCUGAACCUUUUGGAUGAAAUUGAAAACAUUAAGCAGGUGCCUCAGAAACUGGAGCAGUGCAUGGCCAGCAAGCACUACCUGAAUGCCACCGACAUGUUGGUUUCUGCUGUGGACUCAUUGGAUGGACCUCUGCACCAAGUCGAGGGACUCAGUGAUUUAAGACUGGAGCUUCACAGUAAGAAACUAAACAUGCAUUCUGUGCUUAUUGAUGAGCUUCACCGGCACUUGUAUAUCAAGUCCACCAGCCGAAUUGGUCAUUGGAACAAGGACAAGAUGGGGAGCAGCCCUUUUCUUAAGGAUUCCCCAGUUCCUCGUCUUGACGUCACCAAUAUGUCAACACCCCGAAAGUUCCUCGAGGCCUCUCAGUUUGGAACUCCUGGUUGCUCGAGUGUUAAGGAGUUGUGUCUUCAGGAGAUUAAGGAGGACCUGGACUCUGAUCCCGAGGAGAACAGUUUAGUCUUUAUGGGAAUCCUGAUUAAGGGUCUGGCUAAGCUAAAAAAAAUCCCGGAGACAAUCAAGGCCAUAAAAGAGCGUUUAGAGCAGGAGCUAAAGCAGAUUGUCAAGAGAUCUACUACACAGGUGGCCGACAACGGCUACCAGAGAGGAGAAAACCUGAGCCAAGAAAACCAACCAAGGUUGCUUCUAGAGUUGUUGGAACUUCUGUUUGAUAAGUUUAAUGCCGUUGCUGCUGCCCAUUCAGUGGUUCUUGGACAUCUACAACAGAUUGUGACCUCUCCCACAAGCCAACAAGAUGGGGAUAUCAAGCUGUACGACAUGGCCGAUGUGUGGGUGAAGAUUCAGACAGUGCUGCAGAUUCUACUCACAGAAUAUUUAGACAUGAAAAACACAAAGACGUCCUCUGAACCUUCCGCGCAGCUGAGUUACGCCAGCACUGGCCGUGAAUUUGCCGCAUUCUUUGCAAAGAAGAAACCACAAAGGCCCAAAAACUCUCUGUUUAAGUUUGAGUCGUCCUCUCACGCGAUAAGUAUGAGUGCCUACUUACGAGAGCAGAGGAGGGAGCUGUACAGCAAAAGUGGGGAGCUUCAAGGUGGGCAUGACGAUAAUCUGAUAGGUGGAGGGUCGAGGUUCGUCUGUAAGCCUGGAGCCAGGAACAUCACCGUUAUAUUCCAUCCGUUGCUAAGAUUUAUCCAAGAGAUAGAGCAUGCUAUGGGCUUGGGUCCUGCUAAGCAGUGUCCCCUGAGAGAGUUUCUUACCAUGUACAUCAAGAACAUCUUCUUGCACCAGGUCCUAACUGAGAUUAACAAGGAAAUAGAAGGAGUCACCAAAGUGACAGAUCCCUUGAAGAUUUUGGCCAGUGCUGACACCAUGAAAACCUUAGGAGUUCAACGUCCUUUAUUACAGAGCACUGUCAUUGUGGAGAAGACUGUGCAGGACCUAAUGAAUUUAAUGCGGGAUCUCAGUGCGUAUUCUGAUCAGUUCCUGAACAUGGUGUGUGUCAAACUACAGGAAUAUAAGGACACCUGCAGUGCAGCAUUCAGGAGCAUUGUCCAAUCAGAUGAGAAGUUGGUCUUUAGUGCUUCAUGGGUUAAAGAUGAUGACAUCACCAGGCUUUUAAAGUCUCUUCCUAAUUGGCUGAACAUGGCCCAGCCUAAACAGCUCCGCCCCAAGCGGGAAGAGGAGGAGGAUUUUAUACGAGCUGCCUUUGCCAAGGAGUCAGAAGUCCUUAUUGGUAAUCUUGGAGAUAAGCUGAUUCCCCAGAAUGAGAUCAUGGGUGAUGUUAGUGACCUGAAAGCUCUGGCCAACCUACACGAGAGCCUGGAGUGGCUGGCAGGGAGGCUGAAAACUGUGAUUUCCAACCUGCCCAAUGCCCAAACCAUGUCUCCUGGCUCAGACAGUCACCUAAGUGCAGACAUACCUGCCGUGUCUGAGCUCAUCUUGCAAACCCUGAACGAGUUAGCAAAGUCCUUUCAAGACAUGUCUGACCGCUGCCUCCUGGUCCUGCAUCUUGAAGUCAGAGUUCACUGCUUCCACUAUCUCAUCCCAUUGGCCAAGCAAGGAAAUUAUGCAAUUGUUGCAAAUGUAGAGAGCAUGGACUAUGACCCGCUAAUUGUGCGGCUCAACAAGGACAUCAGCGGCAUUGAGGAGGUUAUGGGCACGAGUCUGCAGCAGCACAAGUUCCAGUACAUAUUUGAAGGACUGGGCCACCUGAUCUCGUGCAUCCUGAUUAACGGGGCGCAAUACUUCAAAAGAAUCAGUGAAUCUGGCAUCAAGAAGAUGUGCAGAAAUAUUUUCGUCCUACAGCAGAAUCUCACCAACAUCACUAUGUCCCGCGAGGCAGAUCUGGAUUUUGCAAGGCAAUACUACGAGAUGAUGUACAACUCAGCAGAUGAGCUGCUAAACCUGGUGGUGGAUCAGGGUGUGAAGUAUACAGAGCUGGAGUAUAUUAAUGCCCUGAGCCUUCUACACCGCAGCCAGACCGGAGUGGGUGACCAGACCACACAGAACAUGAGGCUGCAGCGACUAAAGGAGAUUAUCUGCGAACAAGCUGCCAUCAAGCAAGCCACAAAGGACAAAAAGAUCACCACCGUGUAACAGGGGCUCUCUGAGCAGAAUAACCCCUUGUUUGCCAGAGGGGUUAAGCUCACUGUCAUAUUCCUAUGGCUAAUGGUGUUGGCAGGCUUGGUGGCUUCACAUCUUAUCAAAAGGACUUUAAACACCUCACAAAUCAAAUUGCUGCUUUAGGCAGAUUUCAGCAUUUUGAAAACCUAGAUUAUAGAUUUUGCUUUUGUUCUGUCCAGAGAGCCUGUGACAAGGACAAUCUUUACACAAAAGAUAAAGGUGGCUGAUGUCACUUUAAUGGUUUAA